UCUAGGCCUCUUUAUGGUACCAAACAGUCGGAUCUUCUUUUUCGUCACAGGGAAUAGGUAAAAUUGGCUCAAAUAGUUCAUUCUGCACAAUGGCAGAUGACGAUGGCUAAGAGCUAGAUCUAUUAAGGUAACUCUAUUGGCUUCCAAGAUGCACAUGAUUUGUUUAGAAAAUAUGAUCAUGUGCAUAGUAUUAAUGAUGCUAUGGUUUGUAGACCCUAUUAUUGAUGAUCAUACUCGUGUUACAUGAGUAUUUUUAAUCAAAGAAAAAUCUGAAGUUGAGAAAAUAUUUAGAACAUUUUAUGCUAUGGUCCAAACUCAAUUCAAUACCAAAAUUAAAAUGGUAAGAAGUGAUAAUGGCCGUGAAUAUUUUUCUCAAACUUUAAACAAUUUUUUUACUGAAAAAGGCAUUAUUCAUCAAAGCUCUUGUGUCAAUACACCUGCUCAAAAUGGAAUUGCAGAAAGGAAAAAUAGACAUUUGCUUGAAGUCACUCGUGCAAUCAUGUUUUCAACAAACAUACCAAAAUAUUUGUGGGGAGAAGCAGUGUUACAUGCAACUUAUUUAAUUAAUCGCAUGCCAUCCAAAACUUUAGGAUUUAAAAGUCCUAUUAGUUCACUACAACACUUCUUUCCUACAAAUAGAUUGGUAAACACCCUUCCUUUAAAAGUUUUUGGUUGCACAGUGUUUAUCAAAAAUCCAGAUAGAUCUGCAAGUAAGUUUGAUCCUAGAGGAAAAAAUGUGUUUUUCUAGGUGUUUCUGCCACUCAAAAAGGGUAUAAAUGUUUUGAUCCUACAACCAAAACAAUGGUUGUUACUAUGGAUAUUUUUUUAUGGAAGAAAUUAAGUGAAGAUGUUCCAAUAAUGCCACAUAUCCAUGAAAAUCUUAAUUUUCUUGAUAUUAAUCUGGAUGAUCAUUUCUUUAGAAAUAUCAGUACACCUGAAAAUGAUCAAGGAAUAAAAAAUAAUGAAGUAAAUCCAACUGAACCAAUUGAAAAGGAUCAACAGACAAGUCAGUUCUUUGAAAAAACUUAUGAGAGAAGGGUUAGAAAUCAAAGAAUAGAGGAAGUCCAAGAACCUACAACUGUCCAUGAUUCUGCCUCAAUGUCAGGAAGUGAAAAAGGUAAUACUUCUAGCAACUUUGACCUUCCUAUUGCUCUCAGAAAAGAGAGAAGAAUAUGUGUUAAAUACCCCAUCUCAAACUAUGUUUCUUAUUCUAAAUUGACAUCAGACUUUGCAGCCUUUACCUCCAAUAUCUCUUCUAUUUCUAUUCCUCCAACCAUACAAGAUGCUCUAUCUAAACCUGAGUGGAAGAAAGUUGUUUUGGAGGAGAUGGAGGCUCUUAAAAAGAAUUAGACAUGGAAGCUUGUAGAGUUACCUAAAAAUAAACCUACAGUUGGUUGCAGAUGGAUUUUCACCCCCAAGUUUAAGGCAGAUGGAAGUUUGGAGAGGUAUAAGGCAAGACUAGUUGUCAAGGGGUACACACAGACCUAUGGAAUUGAUUACAAAGAAACUUUUGCACCAGUUGCAAAGUUGAACACUGUAAGAAUUCUUUUAUCUCUUGCUACCAAUUUAGACUGGCCAUUACAACUGGAUGUAAAGAAUGCUUUUUUAAAUGGGAAACUUGAAGAAGAAGUGUACAUGGAACCUCCUCCUGGGUUUGAAAAUAAGUUUGGGUUAAAAGUUUGCACAUUAGAGAAGUCUUUAUAUGGACUUAAACAGUCUCCAAGAGCCUGGUUUGACAGAUUCACAAAGUUCAUAAAGAAGCAAGGAUUUAAUCAAGCUCAAGCUGACCAUACUUUAUUCAUGAAGUUUUCAGGUAAGGGGGAGAUUGCAAUCUUAAUUGUCUAUGUAGAUGAUAUUAUCCUCACAGGAAAUUAUCACACAGAGUGAAAGACAAACUUGCUCAUGAAUAUGAGAUUAAAGACCUAGGAAAUUUAAAAUUUUUCCUAGGAAUGGAGAUAGCUAGAUCAAAGAAGGGUAUUGUUGUCUCACAAAGGAAAUAUGUUUUAGAUCUUCUACAGGAAACUGGAAUGAGUGCCUGCAAACCAGCAGACACUCCCAUUGACCCAAGUCAGAAAUUGGGAGAUAUCAAGGAGGGAAAUCCAGUUGAUAUUCACCAAUAUCAAAGAUUGGUAGGAAAAUUAAUAUAUCUGGCACACACAAGACCAGAUAUUGCAUUUGCAGUAAGCAUGGUAAGUCAGUUUAUGCAUCAUCCUCUCCAAGAACAUCUUGAUGCUACUUACAUGAUUCUGAGAUACCUAAAGAGCUGUCCAGGGAAAGGGUUGUUUUUCAAAAAGGGAAACAAUAGGACAAUUGAAGCUUUUACUGAUGCAGAUUAUGCUGGCUCAAUAUCUGAUAGGAGAUUUACUUCUGGAUACUGCACCUAUGUAUGGGGAAAUCUAGUAACCUGGAGAAGUAAGAAACAAAAUGUGGUUGCUAGAAGUAGUGUAGAAUCAGAAUUCAGAGCUAUGGCUAAUGGAAUAUGUGAGUUACUCUGGAUCAAACGAGUAAUCACAGAACUAAAGAUGGAGAUUGAGCUGCCUAUGAAGUUAUAUUGUGAUAAUAAAGCUGAUAUAAGCAUUGCUCAUAACCAUGUGCUACAUGAUAGAACUAAGCAUAUUGAAGUGGACAGACAUUUCAUUAAGGAGAAGAUUGAAGCUGGAAUCAUUUGCACACCAUUUGUAUCCACUAAAGAUCAAACAGCUGAUAUCUUCACCAAAGGGUUAUUUAGGCCUAUAUUUGAGCUACUUAUAAGCAAGUUGGGAAUGUAUGGUAUAUAUAUUCACCAACUUGAGGGGGAGUGUAGAAAAAUGUUACAUUAUUAGAAACAUGUUACAUUGUUUUUUCUGAUUAGAUUGAUGUACAUAAGUGGGUUGGAUAGACUUAGUUGUUGUAGAUAAGCUCAUAGUUAUCUAGAUCCUGAUUUUUAGGAUCUGUACCAGCUUAUAGUUAUCUGUACAAACUGUAUUUAUACUCUGUCCGAAUGGCUCAUUCAAUCAAGGAAGUUUUAUUCCUAAAACCUUGUGCUGAAUUAGGUAAGGAAAUUCAAUGAGUCUACCGUGGUGGCUGAGAAGAGAAGAAUGAAAAUUUCAAAAGUGAUUAGUAUAUUCAUUAUGGCACUGUGAUUUGGAGUUGAUUGUCUUGUAGGAAUGAUAGGGUUCAAAGGGGUUUGACAGGAGAGCCUCUCCAUUUGAUAAAAAAGCUUCACACAGAGGCUUUCUUUGAUUUACAUGGGAAAGAAUAACACUCAAUCCAAUGCACUUAGAAAAACUACACAUGAUGAUAAAUCUAAAGGUGGUGUGUGAACUCCCAACAUACAUACGAUGAUCUAUGAUGAUGAGGGGACACUGGAAGAAAAUGAAGGGAUGACACCAUGUGAUGAAUGUUGAAUGAUAUUUUCUCAAGAACGCUUCUCUGGAUGAUGAACAUUUUUUUAAUUUGAGCAUAUAUUUUAGUUUUGAUAAACAUGUAGCUUAUUGAAUGUCAUGAUAAUGAGCUACCUAGUUAUUUGCUAGUUACAGAAUCAAUUGAUGUAAUUAACAAAUGUUUUAUAAAUAUAUGUUAGAUUUAAAUGUGGUAUUUAAUAAUUGUUACAUUGGUUAUAUAUUCUAUAUAUUUGUUCCUAGA